AUGCAAUCAACCGAAAUUCUACCCCCUGUUGCGAGAGGCCGUAUGAGUCUGCAAUUUUCUCCGCCUUACAAGAGGGGUGAUAGUAUUCUACUGGAUAUCAGAGCGUGCAAUCGGAAUUGCUGCACCAAUUACCUUGAACCCCAAUAUCUAUGCUUUUGGACUUAUCUGACGGUCGGCCCACCGGGCCUUCCUACUCAAGAGACGAACAAAACACCCAAUACCACCAAUAGCAGUUACUCUUGGAGGGACAUCAACAGCGUGGGCCACUGGGCCGAGUUUACUCAUGCCCAUAUCUUGCAACGCUACGGGAACUUGCUUCAGUCUGCUGUGAUUUCAAGUGAGCCGAUGCCGACCUCCCCUCCACAGCCCAUCAAAACCGAAGCGAUGUUUGCCGUCCGGUUCACCACUUAUAUCCAAAGUCGGUUGCGUCGUGCGCUGCGAGCUGGGUCCCUGCACCUUGGACCCCAGUCAAACCUAGAUCUUACUCCUAUCACUGUCGAUAUAGGUGACGCAGCGCAGAUCAUUGACAACUUUCGACCAGACAUUGCUUCCAAGCAGGAAGCAUGCAUAAUUGCUCACCAAACCGCUGCCCGGGCGACCUGA